AUGUACGUGCGAAGACGGGAUGGCAGUCCAGGGCCGCAAACACACCACAGUUCACUACGACAAAAGGGCCGGCCGACGCAUACAUCAACGCCAUGCUGUGCUGCUGAGCGGCCCACAAGUGCGACGGUUUUAUCAUCGUUGAGCAGAAGCGCAGGCGGCACCCCUAAGAGAAAAGAGUUUCUGCGUCGUCCAUCCGACCCGAUGGGAGACAUAACUUCUUGCUACGGCUCAAAGCCAAGUGUGUUUCUUGCCAGGGACUACCGCCGCUUCUCCUCGGCUACAGCGUUACGAGAUGAGUGUCAUGGGCCUGUGGAGUAUAGUGAUCACCAGAAAUCUUGGCACAGUCCACAUCGAUGCCAUUUCUUGCCGCACGAGGUAUCAUACCGGCCCACAACACGGAGCGAUGCAGGUACUCAUAAUUUCUUUCUUCCCUCCAUGCGUGCAAUUGACGAGGGAAAACUUGUAGUUGUGCUAGACCUUGAUGAAACACUUGUGUACUCACGCAAUGGACCGAUCAUCCAAAGGCCGGGGGCGUACCGGCUCCUUGACAUUUUGCAAGGGCGCUGUGAGGUGAUCGUGUGGACGGCAGGAGAGCGACACUACGCGAUGGAAGUGAUACGCAAGAUUGAUCUGCAUCACUGCAUUCGGCACUGCGUCUAUCGCCACGAGAGGUGGUGGACUGAGAAGCCGGGCUAUGUGAAGGACAUCACCGCGUUGGGACGGCCAUCUGAUCGUACAAUUAUCAUUGACAAUACACCAGACUGUUUGCGGGCGAGUCCACGAAAUUCUAUACUUGUCACCGACUUCCGCGGUGAGAGUGGGGUGCGUUCAAGGUUUGACACUACACUUUUCGUUCUUGCGGACAUCAUCGAUGACGUCUUGCGUGGCCCCGUAGUUUCUGUCGAGGCAUUCCAUCACCACCCAAAACUGCAGCUGCGGUCGGUGCUGUGCGACACGGGCGGAACCGUCGAUGUGUUGACACUCAGGCAAGACCGCUUUCCUAACGCUGACGCGCCGCGACCUCGCUACGUCGCGUCGUGUCCUCUGCAGAGGGAGGGCACGCUAACAAGGUGA